AUGAAGCAUUUUGCCCAAGAAUUUAAAGACUUGAAUUCAAGUGAAAAUGGAGUUGUUAAAAGGUUAUCAAGAUUAGCCAAGUUAGACCCAAUUGUUCACAAUGGAGUUCUACGUGUAGGCGGUAGACUUAAGAAACUGGAUACAACUCUUAACAGUAAACAUCAAAUUAUUAUUCCCAAAGAGUCUGUAUUAGCCAGGUUAAUAGCAGAGGAAGCACAUAAAUCUGUCGGACACUUGGGAAAAAAUUCAACGCUGGCACUUAUUCGUGAGAAAUAUUGGAUUCUUGGUGUGUCAUCAAUUUUGAAGUCCAUCAUUUCCAGAUGUGUUAUAUGCAGAAGAUAUCAGGCACCUACUUUGAAACAGAAAAUGGCAGACCUUCCCAGCGAGAGACUGAAACCUGAUGACCCCCCUUUUACUCGAGUGGGAAUGGAUUAUUUUGGUCCAUUUGAGCUUAAAAGAGGAAGAAGCAUAGUAAAACGGUACGGUGUCAUAUUUACUUGUCUAUCUUCCCGAGCAGUACAUUUAGAGGUUGCCUUUUCCUUGAAUACAGACUCCUGUAUUGACGCCAUUCGAAGGCUUAUUGCACGACGAGGAAAACCAACUUAUAUAGUGUCUGAUAAUGGAACGAAUCUGGUAGGUGCUGAACGUGAGCUAAGAACAGCACUUCAUUCCUGGAAUACGAACAGCAUUUCCAGUCAAGUAUUACAGUCAGGAAUUGAAUGGAGCUUUAAUCCACCGGCUGCGUCUCACUUUGGAGGAGUAUGGGAACGCCUCAUCAGGAUAGUCAGGAAAAUCAUGUAUUCUGUUCUACAUGAACAAACAAUUCAUUUGGAUGAUGAGGGACUGUUAACCUUGUUUUGUGAAAUUGAAGCUAUUAUGAAUGGACGACCCCUUACAGAAGCUUCAGAUGAUCCGAAUGACCUUUGUGCACUUACACCAAAUCAUAUACUACUCAUGAGAUAA